AUGUUGUCGAGACGGGGAGCGCAAUGGGCAACAAUAGGUUUUGCUCACGGGGAGCAAAACAACUAUAAUGCCGCCACGAACCCGAAAGGUAUUGUCAGCUUUGCGAAUGCCGAGAAUUCGUUAAUGCAUGAUGACCUUACGGGUUUCAUAAAUGAACAUAACGACUUUGAUAAACGAUGUUGCGCUUACGGGGAAGGGUAUACCGGCACAUUGUGUCUAAGACGUGCGAUGGCUGCGCAUUUAAAUGCUCAUUUCCAUCCUGCUAACAAUAUCGGUCCCGAGGAAAUCACCUUUGCGGCAGGAGUGACCUACCUUAACGAGGCAUCCACGCUGAUUCUUUGCGACCCGGAUCAAAAUGAUGGUAUCAUGCUUGGAAGGCCAGUAUAUGGGGCUUUCGCUAGGGAUCUUGCCAUGAGAACGAACAUACACCUGGAAUAUGUGUCGGUUGGUGAUACAGACCAGUUCUCUCCAUCCUGCGUGGCCGGCUUUGAAUCUGGGUUCGAAGCUGCGAAAGCACGGGGGACCAAUAUCAAGGCUCUCAUGAUAUGUAACCCGCAUAAUCCCCUAGGGCGGUGCUAUUCUCGUGAGACACUUAUUGGGUUGCUGCGUCUCUGCGCGUCGAAGGGAAUCCAUCUCAUUAGCGACGAGAUAUACGCACUGUCUGUUUACGAGCGCCAUGACCGCGAGUCAGAGACUUUCACUUCGAUCCGAGCCAUAGACCCUACCGGGAUCAUUGACCCGAGCCAGGUUCAUGUUUUAUACGGCAUGUCAAAGGACUUUGGAGCUAGCGGAAUGAGACUGGGAUGCAUCAUAUCCCAGAAUGAAGAGUUCACGAGAGCAACGCGUGCUACCUGUCGCUUUUCCUCGCCAUCCCAGUUCUCCAUGGAUCUAGCCACCAAAUUCCUUGAAGACCAAGAGUUUGUUGCGAAGUUUCUGAAAAGGUCGCAUCACUGUCUGCUCCAAAGUAGAUUACUAGUGGAGGACCUCCUUUUCCAGGAAGGAAUUAGUUAUUCUCAGAAAGGGAACGCAGGCUUCUUUCUAUGGCUAGACUUGAGCGCUUUUCUUCCUCUCCAUGAAACUGGUGGGGAUGGCUGGGCCGCGCAACGACUGCUCACAGACCGCUUCAGCAAGGCUGGUGUCAUAAUGUCUACCGGCGCGGAAUAUCGAGCGCCAAGUCCGGGGAGAUUCCGCUUAGUGUUUUGCGUCGACCCAGACACCUUGAAGGAAGGCAUCAGAAGGUAG